UUGUUGUUAUUAUUGGUCCUUGUGACCGAAGAAGCGAAAUUGUUCCCAAUAUUUAACAGUAUCCAAGCAACAACCUUAACUGACCAUGAUAUGGUAGUGUGAGUGUGUGUCAGUACUAUGCUCUUCUCCUCUCUGCCUUGUUCAAAACCAACCCAAUCACCACCUGUACUCAACCUCUUUUUCUCUACAGCAGCAACAGUAUUGAAACAAUGCAAGUCCCUCGCCGACGCCAAGCGAAUCCACCACCAUAUUCUAGUACGAGGCCUCGCCGGAGACCUCGCGAUGGCUAUCGAUGUCGUGUCCAUGUACAUUGCCUGCGACGCGCCGUCGCACGCUCUCACCGUUCUCGAACGCAUUCCUCCUUGUUCCUACACCGUGUUCUGGUGGAACACCCUCAUACGCCGCAGUGUGCGUCUUGGGUUUCUCAAUGACGUGCUCCAUCUUUAUCGUCGGAUGCAGAGACUCGGUUGGAGGCCCGAUGGCUACACUUUCCCCUUCGUUCUCAAAGCUUGUGGUGAGCUUCCUUCGUUCCGGAGAGGGUCUUCCGUUCACGCCGCAGUUUGCGUUGAUGGGUUUGAGUCCAAUGCCUUUGUUUGCAAUGCUGUUAUUGCCAUGUAUGGUCGGUGUGGUAGUUUGGAUGAUGCGCGCCAGAUGUUUGAUGAAUUGCUUCAACGAGGGAUUGAUGACGUGGUUUCGUGGAACUCAAUUGUGGCUGCUUACGUGCAGAGUUGUGACCGGAGAAUGGCGCUGAAGAUGUUUAAUGGGAUGACGGCCAAGGGUGAUAAUGAGCUACGUCCGGAUGCUGUUAGCCUUGUUAAUAUCCUUCCGGCUUGUGCUUCAGUUGGGACGUGGUUGCAAGGCAAGCAGGUUCAUGGUUAUGCAAUUCGGCGUGGCCUAGUCGAGAACUUGUUCGUGGAUAAUGCUAUAGUGGACAUGUAUGCAAAGUGUGGAUUGAUGGAUGUAGCGAGCAAGGUUUUUGAACGUAUGGAAAACAAGGAUGUGGUUUCUUGGAACGCUAUGGUUACUGGGUAUUCUCAAAUUGGUAGAUGCGAUGAUGCGCUCAGCUUGUUUCAGAAAAUGCGGGAGGAGAACGUUGAGUUGAAUGUAGUGACGUGGAGUGCUGUGAUUGCAGGGUAUGCUCAGAGGGGCAAUGGCUAUGAAGCACUCAAUGUGUUUCGGGAUAUGCAGCUUUGUGGGUCAGAGCCAAAUGUUGUUACGCUCGUGUCCCUUCUCUCAGGUUGUGCUUCUGUGGGAGCACUCCUUCAGGGUAAGGAGAUUCAUUCUUACGCUAUCAAAUGGAUACUGAAUUUAGCGGAGCGCAAUCCUGGGGAUGAUCUUAUGGUGAUCAAUGGUCUGAUUGACAUGUAUUCUAAGUGUAAAAGUUCCAAAUCAGCUCGCACUAUGUUUAAUUCAAUAGCGAAAAAAGAUAGGAAUGUGGUGACUUGGACUGCCAUGAUAGGUGGGUAUGCUCAGCAUGGGGAAGCAAAUGAUGCAUUAGAGCUUUUCUCUCAGAUGCUAAAACCAUGUAACAAUGUAAUGCCAAAUGCGUUUACCAUAUCUUGUGUUCUGAUGGCUUGUGCUCGUCUGGGUGCACUAAGGCUCGGCAGACAAAUUCAUGCUUAUAUAUUACGCAAUCGCCAUGAGUCUCCGAUGCUGUUCCAGUCCAACUGCCUCAUAGACAUGUAUGCCAAAUCUGGAGAUAUUGAUGCAGCUCGAAUUGUGUUUGAUAACAUGUAUCGUAGGAAUGAAGUCUCUUGGACAUCCCUAUUGACAGGAUACGGCAUGCACGGUCGUGGUGAAGAAGCUCUCCAGCUUUUUAAUGAGAUGAGGAUGGUAGGUCUGGUGCCCGACAGUGUAACCUUUGUUGUCGUGCUCUAUGCUUGUAGUCACUCAGGACUGGUUGAUCAGGGAAUUGAUUACUUUAACAGCAUGACAAGGGAGUUUGGGGUUGUUCCAGAGGUGGAACAUUAUGCUUGCAUGGUGGAUCUCUUGGGCCGUGCUGGUCGCUUGAAUGAAGCCAUGGAACUCAUUGAAAGCAUGCCCAUGGAACCAAGCCCAGUAGCUUGGGUGGCAUUGCUAAGUGCUUGCAGGACCCAUACAAAUGUGGAACUCGGGGAAUAUGCUUCGAAACGAUUGUCAGAGCUGGAGUCAGAUAAUGAUGGGUCAUAUACACUACUUUCAAACAUAUAUGCCAAUUCCAGGCGUUGGAAGGAUGUGGCCAGGAUCAGAUCCUUGAUGAAACAUUCGGGGAUCAAGAAGAGACCUGGCUGCAGUUGGGUCCAAGUAAAGAAGGAAACGGCAACUUUUUUAGUGGGCGACAGAUCUCAUCCUUUGUCUCAAGAAAUUUAUGAUUUCCUUGCAGACCUGAUUCAUCGCAUCAAAGCUAUUGGCUAUGUUCCUGAGACAAGCUUUGCUCUCCAUGAUGUAGAUGAUGAGGAGAAAGGCGAUCUUCUAUUUGAACAUAGUGAGAAGUUGGCUCUUGCCUAUGGCAUCCUCAUGUCAUCUCCAGGGGUGCCCAUUAGGAUCACUAAAAAUUUGCGCGUCUGUGGUGAUUGCCACAGUGCUAUGAUCUAUAUUUCCAAGAUAAUCGAACAUGAAAUUAUACUGAGAGACUCAAGUCGCUUCCAUCAUUUCAAGAAUGGAUCUUGCUCCUGCGGAGGGUAUUGGUGAAGAUGGAAUUAUGCAAGUCUGCCUAAGUAAUCGGCCUAUCUGCAAGAAACACACCGAGAUCACCAUGCAGUAGUAAACUGAACAAUUAGAGUUCCAGUUUCAAUUAUACAAGAGUGGAGGCUCAUAGUAGUCAAAAAAUUAAAGAGAAAGUUCUGCUGAAGACUUUUUACUGGUCACAAUAGUAUACUAUUUGAAAGAGUGGUGUUGCUGCAGCACAAAUGGAUGAUGCAAUGGGUGUGUGACAAAAUUAUCUCCUUUGAUAAAGGGAAGGGAUCAAGGAGGAAAUUAUAUCUCCUAAUAUGAGGCAGGGUCAGGGAUUGAACAACCGAUUGCGUUGUGGGGAAAAGAUUGUAUUCAUAUCCACUUCAGUGUAUUCCUAAGAGGUCAUGAUUCAUGACAUACGCCUUAAACAUGGUUGAGAGUGCUCUUGGUAGCGUGGCCUCCGGUUUAAUUCUCAAAGUGGGUCAGUGCUGCCCUGGGGGCUCCAAUCCGUAUCAGCAUGUUGUGACAUGGUCCUAUGCAGGAGUUUGGGUUUGUCAAGGCAUGGAGGCUUGGGGUAAGGCCAGUUAAGGCACACAAGUAAGCGAGUAAAUGUUGCGACUCUGAUGCUCGCCAUGCAGAAUGCAGCAGCAAUGCCAGCAAAUGUAGUGCAUUAUAUGAAGCUACUGAUGCUAAUGCACUGCAAAAGAUACAAACCAGAAUGGAUGGUGCAAGAAAGAAUUCCAUGUAAUAGAAUAUGAUGGGAGCGUGAAGUAGGGGUUUCGGAUGGUAUGGCAGGAUAAUUCACUGUAAAUAGAAUGUGCUGGCCAGGGAGCGUCCAAUAGGCGUAUAAAAUGGGUUCGGAUGGAGUGGCAGGAAGUCUGAAAUGGGAAGUGUAGUAACAGUUGUGAUAAGGAUCCAUCACAAACAAGAUGAAGUUAACAAGUUCAUAUGCUAUGUCAGCUACUUGGAGACCCCAUAAAUUGAGGAAUGGUGGAUGUCGAAGUAUUUGAUUUUUAUUUUAUAUUAUUCCCUAGUUUUUCUCUUCAGUAUUUCACAACUUAUACAGAUUUGGUAUGCGGCAAGGAGCAAUUAGGCAGAGGAAAGCUGCCCAGGAAGAUUUUGUAGUCUGACAAAAACUGGACAGGAGAUGGUUUUGUGAAAGAAACUGAAAUAAAUAGACUUUUGAACCCUGUAAUCAGGUCUGGGGGGUACAAUGCUAAGGUCUUUGUAGAUUGAAUUCUUGAUGGACUCAGCUUUGUUAGAUUGUGUAAUUCUUUAAAAA